ACUGGGGCGUUGUGAGGAGCCCACGCUCCUUGCAAGAUCCCUGAGCCCCGGCCGCUGCUGCUGGGACCCCGGAGCCCUGGCUGCAGCCGGGAGAGGUGAAUCUCGAGCAGUAACAUUCCCGGUGCUCCCCAGGAGCCUCUCCCGGUGCAGAGACCCCAGCCUGGCCAGGACCCCCCUUUCCGGGCCCCAGCCCCUACUCCCAGGGAGGGCACCGCUUGGAGGGAAGAUGCUGGUGACUUUCGAGGACGUGGCUGUGUAUUUCACCGAGGGGCAGGGGGCCCUGCUGGACCCUGGUCAGAGAGCCCUGUACAGGGAAGUCAUGGAGGAGAAUUAUGAUAAUGUGACCUCACUGGGAUUUCCCAUUCCCAAACCUGACCUGAUCACCCGGCUGGAACGAUGGGAAGAGCCAUGGGUACCCGAUCUCCAGGCCUGCCAGGAAAGGGAGAUUCUGAGAGAUACCCACAUAGCAGGUGAUAAGCGAGAGAGUGAGAAAGAGGAGGAUCAUCAAUAUCAGGAAUUUCCUGGGAAAGUGGAACCACAGAGGACCUUUGGGAGAAGAGCUUUAGGGAAUUUCUCGCAGUGCUUGGAACAAGGAAAAGCCUCUGGAAAUCAGCACUUGUCAGAGAGGCUAUUCAGAAACCAGCCUACCAAGAAAGUGGCUAAAUCUAUUAAAUAUGUGGGGGGAUGCAAGGAUCCUGAGGAAACCACAGCCCAGCAGACAAAUCACAAGAAAGAGAAACCCAAUCAGUACCUCAAAUGUGGGAAACAAUUCAUUCUGAGAUCACGCCUUCUUACACAUCAGACAAUCCAUAUGGGAGAGAAACCCCAUAAAUGCUUUGAGUGCGGGAAGAGCUUUAGCCACAGCUCAUACCUCACUGCACACUGGAGGACCCACACUGGAGAGAGACCUUAUAUAUGCUUGGACUGUGGGAAAAGCUUCAGUAACAGCUCAAAUCUCACUAAACAUCGGAGAAUCCACACGGGAGAAAGACCAUAUAAAUGCCCAGACUGUGGGAAAUGUUUCAUUCAGAAGUCAACCCUUGUUACACAUCAGACAAUCCACAGUGGAGAAAAACCCCAUAAGUGCUUAGACUGUGGGAAAAGCUUUAGCCACAGCUCAUACCUCAUUAGGCAUUGGGGGACCCACUUGGGAGAGAGACCCUAUAAAUGUCUCGAGUGUGGGAAAAGUUUCAUUCGGAACUCGCACCUUAUUAGACAUCAGAGAAUUCAUACUGGAGAUAAACUUCAUCAAUGCCUCCACUGUAGGAAAAGUUUCAUUGAGAGACCAAACCUUAUUAGACAUCAGGCAAUCCACACAGGAGAGAGCCCCCAUAGGUGCUUGGAGUGUGGGAAAAGUUUCACACAGAGAUCAGCUCUUGUUACACAUCAAGCAAUCCACACAGGAGAGAGACCUCAUAAGUGCUUGGACUGUGGAAAAAGUUUCAUUCAGAGAACAAACCUUAUUUCACAUCAGACAAUACACACAGGAGAGAAACCUCAUAAAUGCUUGGAUUGUGGGAAAAGUUUUGCUCACAAUUCAGGCCUUAUUGUGCAUCAGAGAAUCCACACAGCAGAGAAGCCCUAUAAAUGUUUGGACUGUGGAAAAAGUUUCAGUCACAAAUCAAAUCUUACUAAACAUCAGAGAAUCCACACGGGAGAAAGGCCAUAUAAAUGCCUGGACUGUGGGAAAUGUUUCAUUCAGAAAUCAAGCCUUGUUACACAUCAGACAACCCACACUGGAGAGAGACCCCAUAAGUGCUUGGACUGUGGGAAAAACUUUAGCCACAGCUCAUACCUCACUAGACAUUGGAGGACACACACGGAGGAGAGACCCUAUAAAUGCCUUGAGUGUGGGAAAAGUUUCAUUCAGAGUUCACACCUUAUUAGACACCAGAAAAUUCAUACUGGAGAUAAACCUGAUAAAUGCCUCCACUGUGGGAAAUGUUUCACUGAGAGAACAGACCUUAUUAGACAUCAGGCAAGCCACACAGGAGAGACCCCCCAUAAAUGCUUGGAGUGUGGGAAAAGUUUCAAUCAGCGAUCAAACCUUAUUAUACAUCAGAGAAUCCACACAGGUUAUACCCUUCAUAAAUGCCUUGACUGUGGGAAAAGCUUCAGUAGGCGCUCAGAACUUACUAAACAUCAGAGAAUCCACAAGGGUGAGACCCUAGAAAUAGCUUAAAGAACAGGAGUACUUGUGGCACCUUAGAGACUAACAAUUUUAUUUGAGCAUAAGCUUUCAUGGGCUACAGCCCACUUCAUCGGAUGCACAGUAAGGAGAUAUAUAUAUACACAUACAGAGAACAUGAAAAGGUGGGAAUUGCCAUACCAACUCUAAGAGGCUAAUUAAUUAAGAUGAGCAAUUAUUAGCAGGGGGAAAAAAAAACUUUUGUGGUGAUAAUCAGGAUGGCCCAUUUCAGACAGUUUGACAGGAAGGUGUGAGGAUACUUAACAUGGGGAAAUAUAUUCAAUGUGUGUGAUGGCUCAGCCAUUCCCAGUCUCUAUUCAAGCCUAAAUUGAUGGUAUCUAGUUUGCAUAUUAAUUCAAGUUCAGCAGUUUCUCGUUGGAGUCUGUUUUUGAAGCUUUUCUGUUGCAAGAUUGCCACCUUAAGUCUCUUACUGAGUGACAGCUUGACUGUGGGAAAAGAUUCAACCUGAGUUCACACAUCAGUGAUCCACACAACAGAGAGACCUUGAAAGUGGGGGAAAAUUGUGGGGGAAAUUGGUUGCUCCAAUAGUAUCAGGCAUCAGCAAAUCCACACAGGGAAGAAACCUCUGAGAUGUUCCCUGUGUGGAAAAUUCUCCUAGUGUAGCUAACACCAUAUUAGACUGGUCUAAGCAAACCCAAGGCAGAGGAUGGGAAGCCCCAAUCAGCCCCAUCUCCCUGCUGCAGCCUUGGUUGCAGAGCUGAUGGGCCACAGGUAGGGGAAGGAAGAGAGAAAAACUUCUCCAGACACUCCCUCGGCCUGGCUGAAGUUUCCCCAUCUCCCAUCCUUCCUAGAUGGGAUCCCCCUUCCAUAGAGAUUAAGAGAAGGACAUUUGGGCCAGGCCCCACUUUCCCUCUAGACACCUGUCCCACUCCCUCAUCUUCCACCAGCCCCUGGACUGGGCUACUCCAAUUACCUGGAGCUGUUUCCUGGAAGGGGGCUGUCCAGAAAGACUUCUUCCCUCCCCAAAUUCCCCAGAGUGCUGGGUUCUGUGGGAUCAAAUAUUGAGGGACCAGGAGGAUCAUUGUGUGCAGGAAACUGGGGAUUGAAUGGUUGGAUCUGCUGGAACUAGGAAGCAGAGCAAGCUGGGUUCUGGGACUGUCGUGUGUUUGAGGAUCAUGGGAUAAGAAGAGAGGGAGAUCACAGGGGUGGAGAGAUGCUGCCUCUGAUCAUUCAUUCCCUCUUUACCUUCUCCCUGUCCCCUCUGCAUUCAGGAAGCACCAAUGAGAGGGACUGAUUUCCACAGGGCCUUUUGUAGGAGGCCCAGAGAUCCCACUUCUGCCCCCACAGCAUCAGCCUCUGAGGUUCUCUCUAUGGUAGGAAAUGUGGUCAGGAUUAGCCAGUGAAUCUCUGUGACCCUCCAUCAGAUUCCUAGUAUAAACUGACCCUGAGCAUUUUAUCCCCCCAUUAGCAGAGUGAUGGCUUGUCCCUGAGUUCCCCUUUUGGGGAUUGUCUCAUUCCCAGAUAUUCUCACAUUACUGCAGGCCGAGGUGAAAACCAUUUAUUGUUUGUACAUUUUCUACCUUAUGGACCAGAAUUAACUAGGUGCUAAAAAAUCAGAGCAGUGACAGUAAAUGUUGUUCUAGCUUCUGUGCUAUUGGAGGGUGAUGGGGUGAGUUGCAGGGAUUCCCUCCCCAUCACCAUCAGUCCACCCUUGACACAUUAACCUCUGUCCAAGCAAUAGAGAGUUUUAUCCUCUCCCCAUUCUACCCCUUCACCUUACCACAGUGGCCUUGGUUCUCCAUGCUUACGAAUCACAGUUUGAUUUCUAUGAUCCUAAAUCAGAUUCCUGAGGGCUGGAGAAGAAAGUGUCACAGACCCGGGAAUGGGCAGGGAAAUCCCAAUGACCCUCAAAGCACAGUUUGACCUGUCCAAUCUUAUAGCACUGUUUCCAUCUAUUGGUAAAAUUGCUUCUGGGAUUUUUCUAGGCUAGUCCAGAUCAUUUGCAGAUGGGAAGUUUGGGAAUUUUUUGUCUUUCUUUCUCUUUCCUUUAGCAUAAUGAUACUAUAACUUUUGUAACUAAUACACCCAAAUAAUGAGGCGAAAAGUAAAGCAGGUUUAGCCACUUCAGAAGAACAUGGGUGCAUUUAUUUUCCUGAUUUUGAGUCUUAAAAGAUUCUCUGAGGUUUCACUUUAUGAAUGUGAAAGUGUUUUAUAUCCCAUCCUGUAUUGUGGGAUUUUCUCUCUUUGUGAAGGCCGUUUGGUUACAUACUUAAAUAUUAGUUUAAUUUGACAUGAUGUAGCUCAGAUUUGUUGAUGACUUCAUGAGACAAAUGAUCAUUGCCAGAAGAGCCUUUUUUUUUUUUUUUUAAUAUUUUAUUUUAACUUAACCCUUUUUUCAUGAGAUCUUUUGUGUGUUGGAACAAUGACAAUGAUCAAUAUCUCUCAGCAUAAACACUGAGGGUGAGAGCAAGAUUCACACUCCAAGAGACAGAGACUGAAACAGGGAAAGAAGUUUAUUGCCUGAUCCCUGCAGUGAUGUGAGAAACAGUCAGGAUGGGGGGUGGGUGAUCAGAGCUGGGAAGCUGCUGGGUUUGCUCUUCAGAGACAGACAACCGAGGCUGAGAACUGUGAACCCCCUGUAUCAGAGCCAGAGAGAGACGAGAAUAUAUGAGUGUCGUGUGAAGCUGCCCCUGACCUCUAAAGGGUCAUGAAUGACACCCCGCAAAGAAUGAUGGGGACAGGGGGACAGCAUCUCCCGAUUGCUGAGAUGAUGAAGUGGAGUGCAGGCAAGAAGUGAGCUGGGGAUGUCAACAGACCUGGCCAGUCUUGAAGCCAGGCCGACCCCAAUCAUUGAGGCCAGAGAGAUAUGAGGAGCCCUAAACCCAGUUGGUCAUCCCUCCACACUGAAUCUACUGCAGUGUCCUGUGUUGAGACAAGAGAGGCUGUCUCUGCCCCACUCACCCCACCUGCAUCCCUCCAACCUCAGCAAUUUGGGUUUUCUGCUUUUGGAGUGUUUGCUUUUGUGACUGGGUCCCUGCAUCUCUCAUGGCUUCUCUGCACUUUCCAACCAGUUUGUAAAUGGUGCUGGUGCUGGUGCUGGUGCAUGAGGGAGUCGGGUCCAGCAAUGUGUUGGGCUGGGACUGAACUGGGCUGGGCUGUGGGUGAGGAAGGGAGUCUGUCUUUGUUCCUCCUUUGAAAUAAUAAAGUAGAAUUUAGUUUC